AUGGUUAGAGUUUCUAUUAACGGUUUCGGUAGAAUUGGUAGAAUUGUCUUGAGAAUUGCUUUGCAAAGAAAAGACAUUGAAGUUGUUGCUGUCAACGAUCCAUUCAUCUCUGUUGACUAUGCUGCUUACAUGUUCAAGUACGAUUCCACUCACGGUUUGUACGAAGGUGCUGUCUCUCACGAUGACAAAAACUUGAUCAUUGACGGUAAGAAGAUUGCUGUCUUCCAAGAAAGAGACCCAGCUAACUUACCAUGGGGUGCUGAAAAGAUCGAUAUUGCUAUCGACUCUACUGGUGUCUUCAAGGAAUUAGACUCUGCUCAAAAGCACAUUGACGCUGGUGCCAAGAAGGUUGUCAUCACUGCUCCAUCUUCCACCGCUCCAAUGUUCGUUGUUGGUGUUAACGAAGACAAAAUGACUGCUGACCAAACCAUUGUCUCUAACGCUUCCUGUACCACUAACUGUUUGGCCCCAUUAGCUAAGGUCAUCCACGAAAACUUCGGUAUUGAAGAAGGUUUAAUGACCACUGUCCACUCCAUGACUGCUACCCAAAAGACUGUCGAUGGUCCAUCCCACAAGGACUGGAGAGGUGGUAGAACCGCUUCUGGUAACAUCAUCCCAUCUUCCACUGGUGCUGCCAAGGCUGUCGGUAAGGUCUUACCAGUCUUGAACGGUAAGUUGACCGGUAUGGCUUUCAGAGUCCCAACCGUCGAUGUCUCCGUUGUUGACUUGACUGUUAAGUUAGAAAAGGCUACUACUUACGAUGAAAUCAAGAAGGCCAUCAAGACCGCUUCUGAAGGUAAGAUGAAGGGUGUCUUAGGUUACACUGAAGACAUGGUUGUCUCCUCUGACUUCUUGGGUGACUCUCACUCUUCUAUCUUCGAUGCUGGUGCCGGUAUUAUGUUGUCUCCAAAAUUCGUUAAGUUGGUUUCUUGGUACGAUAACGAAUUCGGUUACUCCACCAGAGUUGUCGAUUUAGUUGAACACGUUGCUAGAUUAUAA